AUGUAUUCACUUUGGAAGGAAGUAAGUGAUCAAAUUAAAAAGAAGGCGGAAGAUCUAAAUAACAGUAUUCAAGAAUUAAAUAUAAAUAAUACUUCUUUAAUAAAAAAUAAUAAUGAUUGCAAUAAAAAUGAAAAUGUAAAUGAAAAUAAUCCCGAUCGUAGUUUUAGGGAUAGUAUACAAGAUAAAUUAAAUCUUUUAAAUAAUAAAUAUAUAAAUAAAGACUUUUCAGAAUUACAAUACUAUAAUGAUAAAUUUAUGAGCGGAUUUAAUAAUAUUAAGAAAAUGGUAGGAGAUAUUUAUAAAGAUAAAUUAAAUAAUCUAAAUAUAAAUGAAGAUGAUUCCAAAAAAAAAAAAAUUUGUUUAUCAAGUAUUGUCCCAUGGAAAAAAGCUGAUGUCAUGAUAUCCAAAAUUUAUAGAAAGAAAUAUGAUCAAGGAUUUCCCUUAAACCUACCAGAUCCAUAUAUAAAUAAACAAGUAUAUGAAAGAAUAUUGAAAUUAAAUACUGAUAGAAAUAAAAUCCUACACACAAAUAUUCUUGAAAAUUAUAAUUUUAAUUGGAACAAAAAAAAAGAUCAAAGUGAACAAAUUAUGAAUGAAGAUCAUAAUUUAAUUAAUACCAAAAAUUUUCUUGUACCUUACUAUAUGUCCGAAAUGCAAUUUUGGAAAUCCUAUUUUUUCAAUAUUGAUAUUAUUUAUAAUGAAAUUGCAGAUGAUAUUUUUGAUAAUAAAUUUAAUAUAUUAGAUAAUUAUCCAACAACAAAAAUUAUGAAUAAUGAUAUUUGUAAAGAUCAUGUAAAGGAUAAUACAUUUACGGAAAAAAAAAAUGAACAUACGGAAAAUAAAAAUAGCUACCCAGAUGAUAAAAAUAGCUACCUAGAAAAUAAAAACAGCUAUCUAGAAAAUAAACACAGCUACCUAGAAAAUAAAAAUAGCUACCCAGAAAAUAAAAACAGCUACCUAGAAAAUAAAAAUAGCUAUCCACACAAUGAACAAAAAACAAAUGAAAUAAAUCCUAAAAAUAAUUAUAACAUAAAAAUUAAAAAUACAAUGAUUAGUAAACCCAACGAUCAAAAUAAAGACCAUCCCUUUUUAAACGAUGAAGAAUAUUGUUCAGAAAUAAAUAAACAUAUUAAUAACGAAGAGAAGCAUUUUAUAAAUAAAGAAAAAGAAUAUAAUUCUUGUGCAGUAUUAAAGGAUGUGUCCAUUAAAAAUAAGGAUGAAAAUAUUAAAAAUGACUUUAUAACAAAUGAAAAUGUUGACGAUGAAAAGAAUAACAAUAACUUAUAUGACAGCAAUUCAAUAACAUCUUAUGAAGAUGUUUAUAUGAAAAAGACAAAUAUAAAUGGAAUAAAAAUAUAUAUGGAUAAUGAUAUAUACAUGGACCUAAGUGAAAAAUCUAAUAACUUUAAAAAUAUAUUGAAUAACACUAAAAAAACAUAUGAUAAAAAUAAUGGUGAUGAUAAUAAAAUUAAUUAUGAUAACUAUGUUAAUAAUACAGAUGAUAUAUUAUUUUUUUCAAAUAAUGGGGAACAAUCUGAAAAUAAAUUAAAUGAGGCAAGUAAAUAUACAAAUAUUAAAGAAGACAAUGAACAAAAUAUAUGUCCAUCAGAUAGCAAUAUAUAUUUAAAAGAUAUGUCUAACAUAAAAAUAAAAAAUAAUGAUUUUCAAAAAAUUUCUGAAUUUAAUACAAAAUUUCUGGAUGAAAUAAGUGAGGCAAAUAGAAGUGUAAAUGAAUUAGAGGAACCGAAAAGUGAUUUUUUUGAUUCUUCAAAUAUAAAUAAAGAAUUUAAUGAUAUAAACGAUUCAAAAAUGAUAUAUACUAAAAAUGACAUAAUUAAUAAAAAUAUAAAUCCUUUAGACGUACAAAAUCUUAUUAAUAUAAGUGAAACAAUUGAAGAAAACAAAGAUGAAAAAAAUGAAGAAAAAAAUGAAGAAAUCAUUAACGAAGAGAAGGACGAAAAGGAAGAUUCAAAUAGUGAUAAUAUACUAUCUAAUAAAAAUAAUAUAUAUGUACAUCAUAAUAUUAAUGUUGAAAUUGAUACUAAGAGAGAAGAAGAAUUAUUUGUUUCUGAUCAUUUAAAAAAUGAUACUGAUGAUAUUGUAAAAAAAGAUGAUAUAAAUUUAGACGUAUUAAAUUUGGUAGAUAAUAUGGAAUUUGAUAUAGAUGAAAAUAAAUUUAACAAAGAAGAAUUGGAGCAAUUUGAAAAGGAUAUUUUAAACAUGUAA